AUGACAACCACAAAUCUUCUGUUUGUCAAGACAAAACAGCCUCUAGCUCAGUCGAAGCCAGAGGAAGUAAAAAAGUGUUUAACCUGUAACAUAACGUUUGAGGAUUCCAAGUCACAGAAGGCCCACUUCAAGUCAGAGUGGCAUCUUUAUAACAUUAAGAGAAAAAAUUCGCAAUUGGGGCCCAUUUCGUACGACGAUUAUGUAGAAAUAAAAAAUCAGCUUCAGGAGAUGAUCUCCGCGAAGAAUGAGAAGAAUGCCGGCAAGAAUUCACAAAACAACCCCAAAACAGUGGAUUUUAAAGCGAAGGCUGGGGCCGACGGCAUAAAGAGCCCAGAAAAGUACCAAAAGCACAUGGAGUUUGACCCGAAAAGAUGUUUAUUUAAUAGUGUAGUAAGUAAAUCGAUAGAGGAGAAUGUAAAAUACAUGGAAACACACUACACCUUCUUUCUGCCGGAGAAGGAGUACAUAGCGGACCUGGAAGGGCUCCUGAGACACAUACACAGAAAGAUCUACGAAGAAAACACGUGCCUGUAUUGCGACAGACUAUUCUCGGACCAGUACGCAACGUUGCAUCACAUGGAGGCGAAGCAACAUCACAAGAUCAACGACGACAAAUUUGAUCAAAUAAGCAGCUACUACGACUUUGUAAACUCGUACGUAAACCUGAUAAUGGAAAGUAGUAGCACACCAAAAACAAACACAGAUUUAACACCCUCUAACGCAGAAGACGAAGAAGAAGAAUGGGAGGACUUGUUCUCAACAACAAGUUCGCCGACCAGAGUGGAAGAUUUAUUGACAACAUACGGAAUAAAAAGAGCUUACAUAAUGGAAAACGGAAACCUGAGCCUGCCAAACGGAAAGGAAGCAGUGCACAGAGAACUGUCGUACGUGUAUAAGCAGAACCUGGUGCUGAGGAACCCCUUCUCACUAAAGAAAAAGGAGGACAACUUCAAGUUUAAGAAAAAGUCGGAAAAGAGACAAAUAAUACUGUCACAGAAACAACAGCAGUACCGAGUGGGAAAAAGAGACCUAAACGUAGCGCUGAAGUCGUAUAAACUAUUUGUGCCGGUGAGACAGGACCUGUGCUUCGGAUAA